GUACGUCUGUAUCGACGACGAUAGCGCAAACGAGCGUGUUUUCCACGACCGUCUAGACCUCGUCCGUCGCCGCCCGUCUGCGCGAACAUUGUAAUCGAAUUUACAUUAAUACUAUAUCUAUCGGUUAUUAUUAUUACCUAUUAUCGUCUAAAAAUAAAAAUCGAAAUCCGACGAACAUACCUCAAUACGACGCGGGAAUAAUAAUAACAAUAAUCGUAUUCGUGAUAACGCGAGUGACAUCAGCCACGAGUUCGACAAGGAUAUCCAUAUUUAAUAUCGUACGGAUUAUAGAACACCACCGUUGUUCAGCAAAGAUACCGCGUAAAUCCACAUGCACGUUAAGAUUAAACAACUGUUUACGCACGUACACGAUACCGUCUGAACGUUAAUAAGUGUGCGCAGCUCGGUGUGACGUUUUGUCUGUAAAAUUAUUUCCGUUCGACUCGCGGUCAAAUUCACGUUCACACGCUUCCGCUGCCGAAAGUGUUUUUGUGUUGUCGAGUGCGAGUGUACUCUACAGCAGGCUGCUGUCGUUUGAUCGUUCGACCGCCGUCUACAUGGUUUGCGUGCGUGUCGUCGAUAGUCGUGGCGCCAAAAAGCCAAUCGUCGUUCUCGUCGUACCCCUUUUGGUUCGGUGGCGUACCUUACAAUAAUAAUAAUAUUAUACAAAACACGUCAAUGAAUCAUUGCAAAAUGCAGGAAAAGCAGACACAACUAAUAAUUUUAAGACAAAGACAAUUUAAAUGUUCAAAAUUAUUAAUAGUGUGUCUAUGUGUUAAUUUUAUAUUUAAUUGGUGUUAAAUAAGUGAUUAUAGUUCAAUUUAAAGUUUUUUUUCUAUCAUUACUUAAGAAUAAAAAAUCACAAUGGUGGAUACACGAACAUUAACUGAAUCAGCUGAAAAAGAAAAGCAAGAAAUGGAACAGCUAACUAAACUUAUGACUAUGAAAUCAGCUCAAAUAAUUGUUCAAUCAAGAAUGGGUGAAAAAUUACAUACUUAUUGUACAAAUCAGAAUAGUUCGAUGAAUGUUGCAAUAAAAGAAAUCCCAGACGUAAUCACCGAAACAAAACUAGCGUUAAGCAAUGGACUUGAAGACUCUGUUCCUUUAUGUGUUGAAAUAUUUUUGAAAACUGUUGAUGGAGAUAUGAUGACAUUAGAAACAUGGAGUAUUGGUUUAAUAGCUGAAAGUGCCUUUGAUCCCUUUUGUUCUCGACACUUAGUUUAUACUCUAUAUAACAGAUUAGGAAUUUUAUUAAAAUCAUUAGUGUCAGUUUCUCGAGUAAUACCAGCAUAUCGAUACUCUAGGCAACAAUCAAAUGAUUCUUUUCAAAUUCAUCAUCGGAUUUAUGCUGGAGAACCUCAAGUUCAUACUCUUGGAAAAGAAUAUAAAGAAUUACAAAUUGGCCAAGUGUCAAUGCCUAUCGGGACCAUUCAAGUGACAGUUUGUUAUCGUACCUCUAUGACAUUAACGUCUCAACAAGAUCCAAUUAUGUUAAAAAGUGAUCAUUUUCGAAAAGAGUAUAGCCCACGACACAAUCAGAUUAUCAAAACUCCGAUUGAUCAGUCUAGAACAACAUAUAUCAUGGAUCAUUGGACUGUGGGUGCUUUUUCUGAUAGUCUUGAAGAAAAAGUUAAAAAACUUAACCUAUAUCGUAUUCCUGAGUUUCCAAAAGAUACAUUCAUAAAACCCAGGAAACGAGCUGAACAUUGGCUACCACACACUGUAUCUAGUAAUCAAUUGCAAAAAGUCCAAGAAUCGACUAAUGAAAACAAUAAUUCAAUAACAUCUUCUAUCCAAAAUAACAAGACUUCUGUAGUAAGCAAUGCUGUAGUGACGAGUACUGGAAUUGUUAAUAAUGUCAAUUCAACUGAAACCAAAAAUAAACUCAACCACUCAAUGAAUACAUCCAGCAAUGAGGCCAUCAAUGAUUUUAUUUUGGGCCAGUCUGUAAAACCUCAAUCGCCUGAAGAUUUUUGUCGAAGACGUAGUUAUGACAACAAUCCUUUACAAUUUAAGCCUGCUGCAUUUUCCGAUUCAAAUCCUAAUAUUGAAUUGGCACUCUUCUAUCAAAAGUUUCUUGGUGCUCCAUCAUUAAAAGUUCGUCCUGAUCAUUUGAAUGUCUACAACCACCUGUCUGAAAUUGUUGAACAAAUUAAAUGUUUUGAUGAACGUAUGGAAGAAUUCGACAGGGUAGUAUUAGACUUAUGCCACAAAGAUGAUGACAGUGAAUAAAAUAAUUGAAAAACAUACCCUCCGUAAUGUUUGUAACAAGACUGACUGUCAAAACGAGUAAGAAGCUCAAAAUUAAUAUGUACUUUAUAUGCAUAUACAUAUAUAUUUAUAAUGUAUGUACGAGUAUGUACUAUUUUUUUAAAA